CUGAGUGAGAGGUUGAAGAUAUAACUUACUCUACAACUCUGAUACCCACAGCAGUGUGGGAGUGUCUUUAUGGAAUAAAAUGGACACACUGCCAUGGCUGAAAAGCCAUUGGAUAGGCCAGCCCAAACCCCAUCCUUGCCCACUGAAACCCCAACUACUCUUCUUCCUCCCCUCCCUUCGCAGCAAGACCUCUUCUCUGUGUACUGUGGUCCCCUGCCUUCACAGUGAGAAUGCUAUCUCUUCCUCUCCACAUGGUAACCUCCUUUCCUGAUUAGAGGUGAUUAGACAGCACUAAAACCUGCAGAAAUGUGACUGACUGAAAUGGAAACAAAGCACCCAUUCAAAAGCCCUUAAAUCCCUAGGGCAGUAUAUAGAGAGCUCUGAAACAGAGAGCAGAAGCACAAAUAACACUAUCUGCAACUCCCUAUCCCUCCUCUCUCACCUCACUGCACUGUAAUCUCAACAUGGCAUUCUCUGAAGCAGACGUGCAGAGGGCUCGUGGGGCCUGGGAGAAGAUGUAUGCCAAUGCUGAAGACAAUGGGACAACUGUCCUGGUCAGAAUGUUUACAGAACACCCAGACACCAAGUCCUACUUCACCCACUUUAAAGGGAUGGGCACAGCCGAAGAGAUGGAACAGUCAGAUCAGGUCAGGAGUCAUGGCAAGAGGGUCCUCACCACCAUCAAUGACUUGGUCCAACACCUCGACAGCACUGAUGCUUUCCUUGGGAUAGUGAACCCACUGGGCAAGAAACAUGCAGUGCAGCUCAAGGUUGACCCCAAGAACUUUAGGAUAAUCUGUGACAUUAUCUUGCAACUGAUGGAGGAGAAAUAUGGUGGAGACUGCAAGGCUUCCUUUGAGAAGGUGACCAAUGAAAUCUGCACUCGUCUGAACAAUGCCUACAAAGAAGCUGGCUGGUGAGGAAGUGCCAUCUCUGGGCUCCUAAAGCCUCUCACCAGCACCAAGACUCAGCACUGAAUCACUGAUUUUGAACUUCCAGCCACAGUUGAGAGCAAAGAAAAAAAGAGGAAAAGCUAACAACAUGACUAUAGGAACAUAAAUACAUAUAGGAAAAUAAAAGCAUAUAUAUCAAAGGCAACCAACCAAUCUUAAUGCACUUUGCACCUAGAGAUGCCUCAGUUUGAUUCUUCAGUCAAUAUGUAUGUAAAUUAGCAAUAAUCUUAAAAGCCCAUGUAAUACAUUGUAAGGUAGAUACUUCUGGGUGGAAGACUCAUCACAACACCUGCUACUAGAAUAGAAAGGAACAAACCUCCCUA